CCUAGGGGGAACCUGAAACUCUCACAUUCCUGGCAUAGCAGCCGCCUCCAGCGCGGGCCGACCCUGGGGCUGCGCGCUGGGGCGCGAACAGCCAGAGCGUCGGCGCCAGGGCAGAGAGCACAUCUCCGCCCUGAGCCGAGCGGAGCCGAGGCGGGCUGUGCGGUCGUCGGGUCCGACUGCGCGGGGCACCCGCGGGCCGCAGCGGCUACCCUCACCGGCUCGCCCCAGGCGCACCGGCGGCUACGGGUGCUCGUGCUCGGCGCGGUGCGAUCCGCUUUGGAGACUCUGGUUCCUUAAGCGCGUGGGAGCCCAGGCCAAGGCCAGAGGUGCAAUUCCUCUUUCUACCUGUUCACUUUGCAAAGCGCCUGCCAAGGUCAUCCUGUGACAGAACUCCAGAUUCAUUCAUUCUAUCAGCAACCCUUGAUGAGGCAGAGCCCAGAUUUGUCCUCUUGUUCAAGGAGAGUGAGAGAAGUGGGCAGAGGGCUCAGGAGGGCAGAGGGUGCUAGGGUGAUUGUGCCGAGGCUAGACUUGGGCAUGCUUCCUUCUUCAAAAGGUCCUAGGAGCAUUUUCCUAGGACUUCUACUGGACUGUGCUCACUCUUUAUCACCUGCUAAUAAACUGGGGUCCUUCCAGCUUAGGACUGGUUAGUAAAGUGGUUAGAUCUGAACUAGGCCUAGCCUGGAGUCAGUCAUUAGGCUGUCUGAUAGGUGGCUGACUGUAGGGGGCUGUGGUUCCUGGUAGAUUGCCUUCUGGCUUACUGUUGUCUUUCUUCAGCCUUAGUUAAGUCUCCAUGAACACCAUUAUAAUGUUAAUCAUUUGCCCAGUAUUUACCAAGAGCUCAAGAGCACUGCUUUUCAUUCUUAACUCUACUAGGCAAGUGGUAUUCUUUGCAUUUUUCUGAUGGAGAAACAGAGGCUCAGAAGUUAGGGAACCUGCCUUAAUCAGUAGGUAGCAACAUGAACCCCCAGCCUAGGUCUUCACCUGUCUGCUUUCAACCAGAUUGUAAUAAUAGAAAGUUCUCCCUUUUCACAUGGGCUCCUGCUGAUUGCUUUUCUGUCUCUUUCCUUUGCCAGCUGCUCUGGGGCCAGGUGUUGCUGGCCAUUGUCCAGGCAGGUGGGUGCCAGCCGAAGAAGCAUGAGGACGCUGGAAGACUCCUCGGGGACAGUCCUGCACCGCCUCAUCCAGGAGCAGUUGCGCUAUGGCAACCUGACUGAGACCCGCACGCUGCUGGCCAUCCAGCAGCAGGCUCUGCGGGGUGGGGCUGGAGCUGGAGGCACAGGGAGCCCCCAGGCCUCCCUAGAGAUCCUGGCACCUGAGGACAGUCAGGUGCUGCAACAGGCUACGAGGCAAGAGCCCCAGGGCCAGGAGCACCAGGGUGCUGAGACCCACCUGGCAGAGAACACCCUCUACCGGCUAUGCCCACAGCCCAGCAAGGGCGAAGAACUGCCCACCUAUGAGGAAGCCAAAGCCCACUCACAGUACUAUGCAGCCCAGCAGGCAGGGCAGCGGCCACAUGUUGGGGACCGGGAUCCUCGCGGGGCUCCUGGAGGCAGUCGGCGGCAGGAUGAGGCUCUGCGGGAGCUGAGGCAUGGGCAUGUGCGCUCCCUGAGUGAACGGCUCCUGCAGCUGUCCCUGGAGAGGAAUGGCGCCCGCGCCCCCAGCCACAUGAGCUCCUCCCACAGCUUCCCACAGCUGGCCCGCAGCCAGCAGGGACCCCUACCCAGGGGCCCCCCUGCUGAGGGCCCGGAGCCCCGUGGACCCCCACCUCAGUAUCCACACGUCAUGCUAGCUCAUGAGACCACCACUGCUGUCAGUGACCCGAGGUACCGGCACAACAACCCACACUUCCAGCAUGCUGAAGUCAGGAUCCUGCAGGCCCAGGUGCCUCCUGUGUUCCUCCAGCAGCCACAGCAGUACCAGUAUUUGCAGCAGCCCCAGGAGCACCCUCCACCUGCACAUCCAGCCACGCUCAGCCAUGGCCCCCUGGGCACCCUUGGUCCACCUGGGGUAGAAGGGCCAGCAAGUGCCCAGGCUUCCUCGGCCACCUCAGGCAGUACCCACCUGGCCCAAAUGGAGGCUGUGCUAAGGGAAAAUGCCAGGCUGCAGAGAGACAAUGAGAGGCUGCAGAGGGAACUGGAGAGCUCAGCGGAGAAGACUGGCCGCAUUGAGAAGCUGGAGAGUGAAAUCCAGCGGCUCUCUGAGGCCCAUGAGGGCCUGACAAGAACCUCUUCCAAACGCGAGGCCCUGGAGAAGACCAUGCGGAACAAGAUGGACAGUGAAAUGAGGAGGCUGCAGGACUUCAACCGGGAUCUCAGAGAGAGAUUGGAAUCUGCAAAUCGCCGUCUGGCAAGCAAGACACAGGAGGCCCAGGCGGGCAGUCAGGACAUGGUGGCCAAGCUGCUUGCUCAGAGCUAUGAGCAGCAGCAGGAGCAGGAGAAGCUGGAGCGAGAGUUAGCACUGCUGCGCGGCGCCAUAGAGGACCAGCGGCGGCGGGCCGAGCUGCUGGAGCAGGCCCUGGGCAAUGCGCAGGGCCGGGCAGCUCGAGCUGAGGAGGAGCUACGCAAGAAGCAGGCCUAUGUAGAGAAGGUGGAGCGGCUGCAGCAGGCGCUUGGCCAGCUGCAGGCCGCCUGCGAGAAGAGGGAGCAGCUGGAGCUGCGUUUGCGGACACGCCUGGAGCAGGAACUCAAGGCCCUGCGUGCACAGCAGAGACAGGCAGGUACCCCCAGUGGUGGCAGUGGCAGUGCUGGGUCCCCAGAGCUCAGUGCCCUGCGGCUGUCAGAACAACUGCGGGAGAAGGAGGAGCAGAUCCUGGCACUGGAGGCUGAUAUGACCAAGUGGGAACAGAAGUAUUUGGAGGAACGUGCCAUGAGGCAGUUUGCUAUGGAUGCAGCUGCCACAGCUGCCGCCCAGCGUGACACAACCCUCAUCCGACACUCCCCCCAGCCUUCACCCAGCAGCAGCUUCAAUGAGGGUCUGCUUGCAGGUGGCCACAGACAGCAGGAGAUGGAAAGCAGGUUAAAGGUGCUCCAUGCCCAGAUCCUGGAGAAGGAUGCAGUGAUCAAGGUCCUUCAGCAGCGCUCCAGGAAAGACCCUGGCAAGGCCACCCAGGGCUCCCUGCGGCCCGCCAAGUCAGUGCCGUCUGUCUUCGUGGCUGCAGCGGCAGGAGCCCAGGCCUGGCAAGGGUUUUCGGCUAAUGAGAGGCAAGCAGAUGCCUCUGCUCGGCUGGCUACAGCAGACAGGGCACCCACAGAGGAGCCAGGAGCCACAGCUCUCCUCCCUGCCCAUGCCAAACAUGGGAGCAGAGAUGGGAGCACCCAGACUGAAGGCCCACCAGAUAGCACCUCCACCUGCCUGGCACCAGAACCCAACAGCCCUCUGGGGUGCAGCAGUGGCCAGAAAACAGCCUCUCUGGACUCUGUAGCUACAUCCAGAGUCCAGGACUUACCGGACAUGGUGGAGAUAUUGAUCUGAAGGAGAUGGUGCUUGGGGACUCUGAGCCAUUCCCUCCCCUCCUCAGCCCUCUGCCUUUCUCCGCCUUUCCAGCAGCCCUCUCCAAUUGCUGUCCUCUCACUGGUUCACAUUGACCACCCAGUCAGGGAGCUCAGGAGGAAUGCUACGGGAGAGAGGAGAGCUGUGAAAGUACCAGCGCCCCAGAAAACUUUGCUUCUCAGCCCACAUUCCUCCCAGGCCUAUGGAGAAUGAAGAUUCAGCCUCUACCUGUCGCCCAAGGCUUGCUGCUAGACUGGCAACUGAAAGCUUGGAAAGGAGCUGGGCCCCUCCCUCACCAGCUGGCACUCAGACAGGGAAGGAGGGGAUAUACUGGUCUGGAGAGCAGAAUUCCAAGGACGGCUGCCCCUGGACACCAGGUGGCUGGUGGACUAAUCAAGUCAGCAUGUUGUUCUCUGGCUGAGUAUGGUCCAAGCCCACCUCAUCUGCCCUUCAGUUCCUCACUGCCUCCUUGGAAUCACUAAGACUUGAAUCUUUGGGGGACAAUUGAGUGUUAGUUUUGCAGAAGCCACUGCCUUACCUCUCCCUUGGUGUGGGUUAGGGGUCCAUCUGAGUGGGAGACAGUGUGCAGUUUGUAUAUAAUUCCCUUUCUGUGGAAUGGAAGAUUGAGGCAUGCUGGUUCAGAUUUGUCUCCUCCACUGUGCUCUCCUGUCCCUGCUGCCACAGUUCCUGGAACUUCUGACUGGCCUCCCAGUUAUUCCUCCUCAACUUCUUGGCCCGUGGAUUUUAAUGCAGGAUUUUGGCUGUCUGCUCCUCUGGUCUUGAGCCCUGUAUUAAAUACCCAUGGGAACCCCAUCACCAGCCUCUUGAAAUGGCUCCACAGCUCUUGUCCCUGGGACCUCCUAUCAGUUUUGGUUCUAAGCCCUGAGCCAGAUGAAAUGAGCCACCACAUGAGGAUAUCCGCCAUGCCCUCAUGAGGGCUUGGGUGGCCUUCCUUGCCCUACACCAGUUCUCUCUGAGGAAGCAGGAGAAAUGUCUUGUUCUCAGAAGUCUCUUUGUUCCUACCUGGAGGGCUUGGGACAGGGAGCUAUGCUGUUGAAAACUGGUUAAUGAGCUAGAAGAUAUGACUCAAACAGUCCUGAAUGGAGCCCCCAUUCCAACAUGGCGCCCAUGGGGCUGGGUCCUCACGCCACGCAGGCCCAGCGCCCUGAAGCAAGGCCAGAUAUUCUGGAAUUGGGGUGAAGCACCCACAUGGCAGCCUAUCAACAGCAGUGACGGACUUCUAGUCUUAAAAGAGUCCCCCAGUUCAGCCCCAGGAACUAUUGGUGGAUUUUAGCAGUUUAGUCUUUAAUGUUUUUAGGUUUUCUUGAAUCUUUGGGUUUUUUUUUUCCCUUAUUGUUUUUAGGUUGUGUAUGUGUUGUUUUAUUCCCAUGGUUCCUCAAGUUUCCUUUUUAAACAUUUGCAUUUGCUGGACAAUUGCAUAUUUUUUUUAAUUCCCCUACCCCUGCUUAAAGCUGAAAAAUACAUUUGGUUCAUGUGCAUUGUUUACAAAGCAAAAAGAAAAAAGGCAAAAAAUAUUGUGAAAGAAAAAAAAACCAACUUAAUAUAUUUUGGAUUAAUAUUUGGUAUUUCUUUUAAAGUAUUUUUUGUGCUGUGAAUGUUUUCUGCCAAAGACCAUGAUGUGUGUCUGUAUGUUUAAGUUAUCGUGAAUAUUUAAAAUGUAAACAUGGCUGUUUUGUUAUGCCACCCUGUACCAGGAUUGCUGCUGCAUUCCACUGGGUAUAACAGUAUUUUAAUAAAAAAAAAUUGUUAAAAGUG